AUGCCGAGAUUGGCUCUCACGCUCCUGCUCCUCCUCCUGGGAGUCCGAUGUGUAGCACAGGAGCUCGCAGAGACGAAAGGCUGCGUUUGCGGCCAUCCCGGAAUCCCUGGGGACCCAGGUCACAAUGGGGCGCCCGGGAGAGACGGCAGGGAUGGACUCCGAGGGGACAAGGGGGAUGCAGGUCUUAUUGGUCCAAUGGGACUAGCAGGAAGGGAUGGCCUGAAGGGGGACGCAGGGGAACCAGGUCCACCUGGUCCAGCGGGGCUCAAGGGAAAGAGGGGGGACAAUGGAGAGCAGGGCCCACCUGGGAAAAUGGGGCCCCAAGGAGUCCAAGGGCCUCUCGGUUCAAAAGGAAGUAAAGGCGAGCUUGGGUUACCCGGACACCAGGGACCUCAAGGGGACGUCGGGGGGUCUGGACCGCAGGGGCCUAAGGGGGAAACCGGCCUCCGUGGGGACAGAGGCAUUCAGGGACCCAUCGGCCCACCUGGUAGGCCGGGGCCUAAAGGGGACAUUGGCGUUCCCGGCCACAAAGGUGCCCUCGGCCAUCGUGGGGAAAGGGGGCCUCGAGGAGAGAAGGGCGACCCGGGCGAGAAGGGAGAUGCUCCUGUUGUCUCCAAAAGUGCUUUCAGUGUGGGACUCACCACCCAAACUAAACUCCCAGCCACGAAUGCGCCCGUCCGGUUUGACAAGAUUAUUUACAACCAGCAAAACCAUUACGAUCCCCAAACCGGAAGGUUCACAUGCUCGCUGCCCGGCGCUUACUUCUUCACCUACCACAUCACCGUCUUCUCCACCAACGUCAAGGUGGCUCUGCUGAAGAACGGCGCCAAGGUGAUCCACACCACCGACAACUACCAGAGCGGCGAGGACCAGGCCGCGGGGGGCGCUGUGCUGCACCUGCAGGCGGGGGACAAGGUGUGGCUCCAGGUGGCCGGAGGGGAGCUCUUCAAUGGGCUCUUUGCCGACGAAGACGACGACACCACCUUUUCUGGCUUCCUAAUAUUUGGGGACUAAGUCGGCUUUGGGGGUCAGACUGAAGUACUUUUUAUUUUACUUGGCUGAUUUUAGGCAUUUCAAGA